AUGGGAAAGAGAGGAGGCGUAGGUAUGAGUGCUACUGAAUACCAGGGUGAAGAAAUUGAGAGGCCGCUGCCAGCGUGGCUGCGCGAUCAGGAUCACCCGGAGGCGACGGGUGAUUUCUUUUUGGCCGAAGGCUCAGCAAAAAUGGUCGGCUCUAAAGAUGACUCAAAAGUCAUGGGCAGUCGUGACACCUCGGAGGUGUUGUCUCUUAUCCUCUCCGAGUUACAGAGGCAAUCCUUGCGCAUAAACGACGUGAAAGCAACUCUUGCACGAAACGUCGCGUACCGAACCUGCUUUGACGUGCUGACGAUGAAUAACGUCACGUUGGACGCCGUUUGUGAGAACCCCGUUUCUCACCUGCGAAGUACCGUGAGGUACACGGGCUUGAAUUCCACAGUCACGAUCAGUUUUACCUCCGGCGAUGUCUCGAUAUUGUUAGACGACCCUGCUGAUGAUGUGGACUUUAUGGGCGUGAGUUUCACGUCGGAUUGCAUCUUAAACUGCCAACUUUUUGCUGGCAUAAAAGUCUGCAGUGUCGUUCUCAACAUUGACACUCAAAAAAUCACCGAUUUGACGCAAUUGACAUUGGUCGCACGAUCCGAGGAGGCGACAAAAGAGUUGUGCCAGGCGCUGAUGACACUCUGUGGCCGUGACCCGGUGAACCCCGGCGCGCAUCUGCACACACCGCCGUCGCUUCCCAGGGAAAGGCUGGCAUCUGCCGCUGCGUCGGCCGUUGCAUCAGACCUGUCGUCGCGAUUGUCGGCGCAGUCACCAACAGAAUGUAGAGUCAACAGCCGCGGUGUUACGGAUGCCGUUCGCACCCCAACCAUGCGUCGUUGCGAGGGGUCAAAACGCCCGUCUUUAAGUGAGCAAGUGCCUUGA